UGCAAAUAAGCAAAUCGAGCCCCCGACAGUCCUUCUCUUACUUCAUCCCCGCCUGUCUGAGAUCAACGAGGGCAUACUGUCACCAUCAUUCACUACACACAAUAUCAGGCCUGUCAUUUGCAGACAUGGCGACUCUUAAAGCGCUAUCUAGAGUGGAGAGUGUGAUCAUCAGGAACGUGACAGCGACGAUCAAGACGAACAUCUCUCGAUUCUCCGUUGGCAAGAAUUGUUGCUGUUAUUUUUCCACUUCAAGACAACGGUCCGGGCGAUUUUAUUCAGACCCCCUUGACGCAGUUAAGGAUAUUCCUAAUGGAGCGACUAUUCUUGUGGGAGGUUUUGGCCUGUGUGGUAUUCCAGAAAAUCUGAUUAACAGUUUGCUGAAGACAGGAGUUAAGAGCCUGACUGCAGUCAGCAAUAAUGCAGGAGUUGAUGACUUUGGCCUGGGCCUACUCCUUCAGACCAAACAGAUCAAGCGUAUGAUCUCAUCAUAUGUGGGUGAGAAUGUGGAGUUUGAGAGGCAGUAUCUCAGUGGUGAGCUGGAGGUGGAAUUGACCCCACAGGGCACACUAGCAGAGCGGAUCAGGGCCGGAGGCGCAGGCGUGCCUGCCUUCUUCACUGCCACAGGCUAUGGCACACUCAUCCAAGAGGGAGGCUCGCCUAUCAAAUACAACAAGGAUGGUACCAUUGCCAUCGCAAGUGAAUCCAGAGAGGUGCGUGAAUUUAAUGGCCGGCACUAUAUCAUGGAAAAAUCCAUUACGGGUGACUUUGCACUGGUCAAAGCCUGGAAAGCAGACAAAGCUGGGAAUGUCAUCUUCAGGAAAACAGCACGAAACUUCAACCAGCCCAUGUGCAAGGCAGCCAAGAUCACAAUUGUGGAGGUUGAGGAGAUUGCAGACGUGGGCACAUUUGCAGCAGAAGACAUCCACAUCCCCAGCAUCUACGUCCACCGGAUCGUCAAGGGAGAUCGCUACGAGAAGCGGAUCGAGAGGCGUACAGUAAAGAAAGGCCAGGCUGAAAAUCCCAAACCCAAGAAAGACUCUGAUGUUGUGAGAGAGAGGAUUAUUCGCAGAGCUGCGCUGGAGUUUGAGGACGGGAUGUACGCUAACCUGGGCAUCGGAAUCCCCAUGCUGGCCAGUAAUUUCAUUAAACCGGAUAUUACCGUCCACCUGCAGAGUGAAAAUGGCAUUCUGGGGCUGGGCCCCUACCCAACAGAGGAAGAAGUUGAUCCAGAUCUCAUCAACGCUGGUAAAGAAACUGUCACAGUUCUUCCUGGAGCCGCUUAUUUCUCUAGCGACGAUUCCUUUGCCAUGAUCAGAGGGGGUCAUAUCAACUUGACCAUGUUAGGAGCCAUGCAGGUAUCCAAGUAUGGAGAUCUGGCCAACUGGAUGAUUCCGGGUAAGAUGGUGAAGGGUAUGGGAGGAGCUAUGGAUCUAGUGGCCAGUGCUGGAACUAAAGUGGUUGUUACAAUGGAGCACUCUGCUAAGGGUGGCAAACACAAGAUUCUGGAGAAGUGCAAUCUGCCUCUGACUGGAAAACAAUGUGUGGACCGUAUAAUCACAGAAAAGGCAGUAUUGGAUUUAAGUCUUUUUCAGAGUUCCCACGACUCCUUUAGUUUUUACAUCGACGAAGCCUCACCAGUUGGGCCGGAGCAGCCUGAGACCGUGCAGAACUUUGUCUCUGUGUUUGGCACGGUGGCCAAGAAGCUGAUGAGGAAGUGGUUGGCGACACAGACCAUGAACUUCACCAGCCAGCUGGAGGCGGGCAUCCGCUUCUUUGACCUCCGCAUAUCCACCAAACCCAGAGACCCCGACAACGAGCUCUACUUUGCACACGGCCUGUUCAGCGCCACCGUACGUGAAGGCCUGGAGCAGAUCAGCACCUUCCUGGCCUCCCAUGCUCGCGAGGUCGUGUUCCUGGACUUCAACCACUUCUACGGCGUACAGAACCUCCAUCACGAGAAGCUGGUCCAGAUGCUGCGCACCAUCUUCGGAGACCGACUCUGUCCAGUAGUGUUUGCUCAAGAGGUAAGCCUGAAGUACCUCUGGGAGAAAGAGUAUCAGGUGCUGGUCUUCUAUCACAAUCCCAUGGCUCUGGAGGUUCCUUUCCUGUGGCCUGGUCAGAUGAUGCCCUCUCCUUGGGCCAAUACCACAGAUCCUGAGAAGCUCAUUCAGUUCCUUCAAGCCUCAGUAAAGGAUCGGAGACGUAAGGGCACCUUUUUUGUGUCCCAAGUGGUUCUCACUCCCAAAGCAAGCACCGUCAUGAAGGGUGUCACCAGCGGUCUGAGGGAGACCAUCACAGAGAGACGUCUCCGCAUAUCCACCAAACCCAGAGACCCCGACAACGAGCUCUACUUUGCACACGGCCUGUUCAGCGCCACCGUACGUGAAGGCCUGGAGCAGAUCAGCACCUUCCUGGCCUCCCAUGCUCGCGAGGUCGUGUUCCUGGACUUCAACCACUUCUACGGCGUACAGAACCUCCAUCACGAGAAGCUGGUCCAGAUGCUGCGCACCAUCUUCGGAGACCGACUCUGUCCAGUAGUGUUUGCUCAAGAGGUAAGCCUGAAGUACCUCUGGGAGAAAGAGUAUCAGGUGCUGGUCUUCUAUCACAAUCCCAUGGCUCUGGAGGUUCCUUUCCUGUGGCCUGGUCAGAUGAUGCCCUCUCCUUGGGCCAAUACCACAGAUCCUGAGAAGCUCAUUCAGUUCCUUCAAGCCUCAGUAAAGGAUCGGAGACGUAAGGGCACCUUUUUUGUGUCCCAAGUGGUUCUCACUCCCAAAGCAAGCACCGUCAUGAAGGGUGUCACCAGCGGUCUGAGGGAGACCAUCACAGAGAGGUAA